UAAUAACAAAGAACAUUCCUUUACUUAAUUUUUUUAAUUCUAUUUUUUCCUAUUUGUUAAGUAUUAUUUCUCGAUUUUCUAAUUGAAAAAUUAUUUUUCUUGUAAUUCGUCGCUUGAAGCAUCGAUAGAAACACGUGGAUAUCCGAAAAAAUUAUUGGAAAUAUCGAAAAAAAUAAAAUAAAUUCUCGAAAAUGCCGCCAUUGUUUGCCCUCACAAUUGAACCAACAAACGCCCAAGAAGUAGUCACAAUAGAUCUCGUGAAUUCGACGCAAGAAGAAGAAGAAGCAGAAGAAAACCCUCCAAAUAUGACUCAAACAAGUGACGAGGGAACAGUAACCUCUGACGAAGUCCAAUUCGAAGAAAGUGUUCUCACAAAAUGCAUUUGUCAAGGAUGCGAAAAUCCCCCAAAGAACGACGAAAAUUUAGAAGGCGUUUUGUGUAGUAAUGAAUGCGCCGUCAAAUAUUCCCGUGAUGUCUUCCGAAUGUGGGUUCAAUCGCAGCAAAUUAAUCCGCAACAACAUGUCAAAUGAUUUCUGUUGAAAUUUUGGUGUUACCUCAAUUCUCGUUAAACGUUCCAGUUAAGAAUUUUAUCUUUCUUACAAGAUUUAUCAUCAUUAGUUAUUAGAACAUCACAAAAUUUCAUAAAAUGUACUUUUUUUUAUACAAAUUAUCAUUUACCAUUAAAAAAAAAUAAAUAAAUAAAAACUCUUAAGGAGUGUACCAUUAAAAAAAAAAUAAAUAUCGGAUUAAUAUUUUUAAAAAAAUA